AUGAGCCGAUUGAGAAAACUGCAAAAAACAGAAGGGCAAAGGAGAAGCCCACGAAUAUCUGCAUUGGAGGCUGAGGCUCAUGUCCAUUCAAUGAGGCGCCACUUGGACAACGGUCAGGGACCUGCAUUCCGAACUAGGGGCAGAAAGAACACAAAACUGAGGCCAAACAAGGGUGUGAAGCAUUCCUGCCAUCAAGAUAUUCAAAAGAAAAGUGGUGAUGAUAAACCAUCAAAACUGCCAUCUUCACCUUCGUUGCCUGAGAAACAAAUACUUCAACUUGUACUUGACACUUUACAAAGGAGAGACACGUAUGAAAUAUUUGCUGAACCAGUUGACCCAAACGAGGUUGAGGAUUAUUAUGCAAUCGUUAAAGAGCCUAUGGAUUUUGGCACCAUGAGGGCUAAAUUACACGAGGGGAUGUACAGGAGUCUAGAACAAUUUGAGGUUUACAGCCUUUAUUUUAUAUAUGCUCACGUGCAUGAUGUUUUCUUAAUAUUCGACAAUGCAAUGCAUUUUAAUUCUUCUGGUACCAUCUAUUUCAGGCAGGCUCGUGUAAUCAAUGAACUAGCUAAGAAAGUUUUUGAUCUAUUAAAAAACAAUCCUGAGAAGUUUGAAUUGGAAUUCUCAGAAACAAGGCGAAAAGUAGGUCGGAGAAACCAAGGAGAUUCUAGGGAUUCCACAGACCUGAAAUCCAGUGAAAUAGCUAGUGGUGUGCCCUCAAAAACUGUGCCAUGUUCUUCUCGUGGUACACCAAACAAGAGAAGCUUUAAGGCAAAUCAUGGGUCUAAGCAUGUUGAGAUUACUGCAGGUAAGUUACUCUGCAGAUCUUCUGAGAUUGAUAGGCGAUGUACUUAUAGACCUUUGUCCCUUGAGGAGGAUAAGUCAAUAUUUUCAACAGUAUAUGGUAAAUUGAAACUGCUUGAGCACGUAAAUCAGCAAGAUAUUGGCUACAAAGAUAGCUUGAUGUUGUUUGCUAAAGAUUUAGGACCCACUGCACAAAAUAUUGCUAAAAGGAAAUUACUUGGAUGUGAAAUUCGUACAGCAUCUACUUCUGCUCCAUGCAGGCCAGAUACUUCUAAUGGAAGGGAAAAGGUUGAAGGCACAUUGAAUGCUGAAAGAGAGAAAGACUGCAGGCCCUUAGAUGGUAAUGCUUUGGGAUGUCACAGGUUGUCCUUAGGGUGUCACAAAGAGUUCCCAAACAAGAGUUUCUGUUUUGAUUCAUCCUAUUUGCAAGCUUGUGCUGAAGAUUUUACUUACUCAGAUCAAGGAUCCAAAGAAACUGGUAAGAAGUCUGUGAGGAUGUUACUGGACAGAUCAAAGUUGCUUAAUCAAGAAAAUUUGUCUGUUUCAGUCCUAGAGAAUUUUAAAGCUGGUAGUGUGGUAAACUCAAGGUUAGAAAACAGUUGUGAGCUUCAAAGUCAACCUCAGGCCAUAGAAAGUAGUGAUGUUUCAGGUUACGUUCAAGAAAAAAGCCAAUUGCAAAACAAUUUCAUGUUUCGUUCAAAUUGUGCAAUGGGUGAUCGUGAAGGAACAAAUGAGAUUAGUUGCUCAGCUGAUCAGGCCAUGAAGAUUUUAAAAUCAGACCAAACUGUGUCGUCGGCUUCUAGUUUUGUUUUCAAUCUUCCAUAUUUGAAGACACGACUUGAUCAGAUAAAUUCCUCAGAGUAA